UAGCAUGAGUUUUGGGAAAAGAUCGAUCAGUUAAUUGAGGGCUUGCUUUUGCAUUGUAUAUCUUUUAUAAUCUAAGCUCGAAGAUGCUUAAUUAGCUAAGCCAAGUGUCCGAUAUGGCUUCCACCAGCAAUAUUCAAAUAACCCCUUCAUCAGCCCCUUCCUCUCGUUCCGAACACCAAAAGAAAUACCAAGUUUUCCUCAGUUUCAGAGGUGAAACCCGUAAUACAUUUACCAGCCAUCUAUGCGAUGCAUUGCGUAAUAAAUUUAUCUACACCUUUAAGGAUGAUGAAAGACUGGAGAUCGGAACAUCCAUUAAGGAGGAACUCUUGGAUGCAAUUGAGAAGUCAAGAAUAGCUGUCGUCAUUAUUUCAAAAGAGUAUGCAUCGUCCACAUGGUGCUUGGAAGAACUUGUAAAGAUUCUUGAAUGCAGGAGAGAUAGAGAGAUGAAAGUUUUGCCCAUUUUCUAUCAUGUAGAACCUAGAGAUGUGCGGCACCAGGAGGGCAACUUUAGAGAUGCCUUUGCACAACACGAGCAAAAUCUCGUGGACGAAGACAAGGUGCAAACUUGGAAAAAUGCUUUGAAAGAAGUGUCCAAUCUCGUUGGAAGACCUUUGAAGAUCAACGAGGAUGAGCUGAUGUUUAUCAAAAGCAUUGUUAAAGAUAUAUCUGGAAAAUUGAUAACCCUUAUUGAUGAUCCUGAGUACAACCUUGUUGGGAUAGACUCUCAUGUUAAGGAAAUGAAUAAGCAUUUAGAUAUUGGAUCGAAUGAUGUUCGCUUUAUAGGGAUAUGCGGGAUGAGUGGAUUGGGCAAGACAACUCUUGCACGAGUUAUAUUUCAAGAGUUCAAACAUCUAUUCCAAGCUAGUAGCUUUCUCGAAGGUGUUAGUUCGCGUUUUAAAGAAAAUAAUCCAGUUGCUUUACAAGAAAAGCUCCUUUCUGAUAUGAAGUUGAAGGAUGAGCAAGAAAAAUGGGAUGAGCUGAAGGGAAUUGAUGUGAUAAGGAGUAGAUUAUGUCGCACAAAAGUUCUUAUUGUUCUUGAUGAUGUGGAUAAAAAAGAACAAUUAGAAAAAUUAAUUGGGAACUGCAAUUGGUUUGGACCAAGGAGUAGGAACUGCGAUUGGUUUGGAGCAGGGAGUAGAAUCAUUGUGACCACCAAAAAUAAACAUUUGUUAACAGAAUGUGAAGUGCAAUUUAUAUACCAGAUUAAAGGACUACACAAAAAAGAUGCUUUACAGCUUUUUUGUCAACAAGCCUUGCAUACUAAUCAAUGUGAAAAUCAAGACUUUUUGGAUCUAUGCAAUCGCUUUGUGAGUUAUGCCGAUGGUCACCCUUCAACUCUAAAACAUUUGGGUUCCUCCAUGUUCGGAAAAGAAAAAGAAGUAUGGGAAAGUUUGCUGGAGAGAUUAGAAGUACUACCUAAUAAAGAUAUUCAAAAGAAACUCAAAAAAGAUUAUGAUGCAUUGGAGGAGACAGAGCAAAAAAUGUUCUUAGAUAUUGCUUGUUUCUUCAAAGGGGAAGACAAAGAUCGAGUAAUAGAUUUAUUGGAAGGUUCUUCUGAUUGCUUCCCUAAGAGUGAUAUAGACACUCUUGUGGACAAAUAUCUUGUCACUAUUUUGGAGAGCAAAAAAUUGGGGAUGCAUAGUUUACUGCAAAGAAUGGGUUGGGAAAUUGUUCGCUGUCAACAUACUGGCAAGCCUGGAAAACGCAGCAGAUUAUGGCGUCGUGAUGAUAUCUUUGAAGUUCUACGGGAAAAUUCUGGAACAUAUAAAGUCGAAGGCAUAAUGUUAAGUACCUCGUCUCCACACCAAGAAGAAGACUUGAAUCCUGAAGCCUUUUCAAAGAUGAAUAAACUUAGAUUAAUUAAAAUAUGUGAUGUGAAUCUUCCAUGGGGCCUCAAGUCUCUCUCUAAUUGGUUGCGACUAAUGGAAUGGCAUGAAUAUCCUUUGGGUUCCAUACCGGAGAGCUUUCAACCAAACAAUCUUGUUGAGCUCAUUAUGCAUCGCAGCAACUUUCUGCAAUUACCAAUGGCUUUUCUUAAAUUAAAGAAGUUGAAAGUCAUGGACUUUAGAGGCUCUAAAAACUUGACGAUGACUCCUGACUUCUCUGGAUGCCCAAGUCUUCAAAGGUUAAUUUUUGAUGGUUGCACAGGAUUGUCCAAAGUUCACCCAUCUAUUGGAGCUCUCAAGCAUCUUAUACUAUUAAAUCUCAAAGAUUGUAAAUGUCUGAGUAGCCUUCUGCAUGAGAUCAACUUGGAAUCGUUGAAUCUUUUGAUCUUAUCGGGUUGUUCAAGUUUCAAUAAGUUUCCAGAGAUUGGGCAGAAUAUGAAGCUUUUGUCGGAGCUUUAUUUGGAUGGGACUGCCAUUGAGGAACUCCCAUUAUCAAUUCAACAUCUAAUCGGCCUGACAUUACUAAAUCUUGGAGAGUGCAAAAAGCUUUCGUUUUUUCCGGGUGACAUUUGUUGUUUACCUGCUCUUAAAACUCUCAAUCUCUCUGGAUCAACCCCCACCUUGCCGUUGUUGAACUGUUUUUCAUGGUUGACCUUUUUAGUAGCUCUAAAUCUACGUGACUGCAAUCUAUUGGAUGGAGCACUGCCCGAAGAUCUUAGUAGCUUAUCCUCCUUGGAGACUCUGAAUUUGAGCAGAAACAAUUUCACACGCUUGCCCGACAGCAUUUCUCAGCUUCAAAAGCUUAAAGUUCUUUAUUUGGCUAAUUGUAGAAAGCUUCAGUUAUUGCCAAAUAUUCCCUCAAUUACAUUUGUAAUGGAUCGAGAAUGCCUUGCACCCAAAAUUUUUCCCAAUCAAGUUGUAGUGUUGACUUCAGCAGGGAGGUCCAAAUCUGACAAUAUUAAGUUGAGGGAGGCGUCGGAGGUUGGGUCAGCGUGCAAGCGAAAAAUGGAAGAGGCGUUUGGGCAGAGGGAAAUGGCAAAGGUGGUAUGAUUUGACAAGCCCGGUAGACUCAACGCCGACUUGAUACGAGAUUUGUAGUUUUAAGGGUGUGUUUGGAU